AUGGGAGCCUCCCUCACGCUCGAAGAGAUUGCAGCGGAUCAACUCACAAAGGUUGCGGAGGAGAAUUGGUCCAACGCAGCGCGCAGCAAAGCAAAGCCGCCUGCAUUCAGGCCGGAGCUGGUUGUGGAAGUGUACAAGAGGGAGCUGGGGGGAAGCAGCGUGCACCCGCCCAAGCUGAAGCGGGUGAUGCUGCUGGAGAUCUCGCAGUACCUGGAGAACUACCUCUGGCCCCACUUUGACGCCGCCACCGCCAGCCACGCCCAUGUCAUGUCCAUCCUGGCCAUGGUGAAGGAGAAGUUCAGAGAGAACGUCCCGGCAUGGGACGGCUUUGCGGGGGGGCCCUCGGAAAAGUUUGCGGCAUUUUUUGGCGCGGUGCUGGCGCUGAGAGAGAACUCCACGGGCUGGGAGACGCACGAGCGAGUCACCUACCUGCUCUUCGUCAUCCACUGCUUCCAGAGCCUGGAGCAGGAAGCCGUGCGGAAGCAGGCGCUGCAGCUUGUGUCCCUGCCGCUCUGGCAUGCCCUCUCACGGGGGCGCCUGCAGCUGGAGCUAGGCGCGAAUGAGACGCUGGCAAAGCACUGGAAGCGGCUUGCAAAGAAGGAGGCGGCGGCCGCAAAAGCUGCGGCGGAGGACGGCACGGCCGGGGACGCCAAAUCGGCGCAUGUGCCUGUGACUGAGCGGCCGGAAGCGACCUUCCUGCCAUCGCUGCUAGAUGAGUUCCUGGAGAUGCUGCAGUCAGUGGUCCCCCCGGAGGUGGCCACCGCCAACGGAGCGGGGGGCGACGCGCGCCUGGACAGGCAACGGUUGCUCUACUGCGAGCGCUUCGCUGAGCUGCUGAUCGACCUGCUGAGUCAGCUGCCCACCCGCCGCUUCGUGCGCACUCUCCUGGAGGACAAGGCCAUCCUCAUAAAGGCCCGCAUGUCGUCCCUCUUCACGCACCCCGAAGGGCAGCUGUACCGGCAGCUGGUGGACCUGUUUCAGUUCUACCAGUACUUCCCCAUCGACGACCAGAGCGGCGAACCCCUCUCGGACGCGGCCGUGGUCGCCGCGCAGUACGAGCGCCUAACUCAAUUCCAACGCCUGCUCUUCAAGCACCACCCGCAGCUGCGCGAGUUGGCGCUGGCAAACUGUGGGACGCUGCAGAAGCGAUCGGUGCUGCAGCCCGCGCUGACUGGGCUUGACAAAGACCAGCUCUCCAAGCUCGUCACCAAGCAGCUCAGGCUUGUGGCGGAGGAUGAUCCGUGGGCGGAGGACCCCGAGUUUUUGGCGGAGGUGGUGAUCAGCCGCUACGAGCGCCAGCGAAGUCAGACAGAGGUUGUCAAUGCGAUGCCGCUGUACCCGACAGAAGCCAUCCUGUGGGAUGACAACCAGGUUCCCCAGGUGCACUACACAGGCGAGACGUGCCUGGCGCUGCCCAAGCUGAAUCUGCAGUUCCUGACGGCGCACGACUACCUGCUGCGCAACUUCAGCCUCUUCCGCCUCGAGGCCACCUACGAAAUCCGCGAGGACAUCGCCGACGUUCUCUCGCGCGUGUCCGCCUCCUGGGAGGAGACUGACGAUGGCGAGGAGCGGGUGGCGUUCCGGGGCUGGGCGCGAAUGGCGCUGCCGUUGCAGGCAUUCAACGUGGUCGAGGUUCGCAAGCCGCGCGUUGGCGAGAACAAGCCGGCCGCCGUCACCGCUGACAUCACCCUCGACACCUCCAAACUGAGGGGCGACGUGCGAGGGGAAUGGGACGACAUGAAGCAGCACGACGUGGUCUUUCUGCUGACUGUACGGCCGCCAGAUCAGGCAACACUUCGGAUGAUGCGCUCGGACGGCGCUGAGCUGUCGCCUGCCGACACCUACGGGCUCGUGUACGUCAGGGGUGCCGAAGUCAUCGAGGUGAAGGACGAGGAUGGGCGGCUGAUGAACGAUUUCACGGGCCGCAUAAAGCGCGAUGAGUGGAAGCCGCCCUCGGGUUUUCAGCGCACGCUGACCGUGGCGCUCGACACGGCGCAGUACCAGAUCGACAUGGAGUCCAUGGCCGCGCACAAGAGCGAGGACGUCUACUCGUCGUUCAACAUCCUCAUGCGCCGAAAGCCCAAGCUUGAGUCCAUGGCCGCGCACAAGACCGAGGAUGUCUACUCGUCGUUCAACGUCCUCAUGCGCCGAAAGCCCAAGGAGAACAACUUCAAGGCGGUGCUGGAGAGCAUCCGGGACCUGAUGAACGAGGAGACGGUGCUGCCGGACUGGCUGCACGACAUCUUCCUCGGCUACGGCGACCCGGCCGCGGCCCAGUACAGCCAGCUUCCCGCCUCCUACCUGCGCACGCUCGACUUCAAGGACACCUUCCUGGAUGCGGAGCACCUGCGCGACAGCUUCCCGGGGUACACGUUGGAUAUCCGCAACGCGAGCGGCGGCCCCGACCCUGUGCGGCCCUUCCGCAUCACCUUCCCUCCCCUGCCUGCCCCCGAGGCCGCCAAAGCCAAGGGCAAGCGCAAGGCGGCUGGCGCGGCUGCGGCAGAGGCGGCCGAUGCAAAGACGCUGAUCGCGGAGUCCUACGCGCCGCCCGACCCCGGCCCUUACCCGCAGGACAAGCCUCCUGAGAACCAAGUCAGGUUCACGCCUGUCCAGGUGGAGGCGAUAAAGGCGGGGACGCAGCCGGGGCUGACGAUGGUGGUGGGUCCCCCCGGUACGGGCAAAACGGACACUGCCGUGCAGAUCAUGCACGUGCUCUACCACAACUGCCCCGACCAACGGACCCUCCUCAUCGCACACUCCAACCAGGCGCUCAAUGACCUGUUUGAGAAGAUCCUGCAGCGCGACGUGCCGGCGCGGUACCUGCUGCGGCUGGGCAUGGGCGAGGCUGAGCUGGCGACCACGCUCGACUUCUCGCGCGUCGGCCGAGUCAACGCCAUGCUCGCACGCCGCCUCGAACUGCUCGCCGAGGUGGAGCAGAUGGCCAAGCACUUUGGCGUGGCGGAGGACGUAUCUUACACCUGCGAGACGGCCGCACACUUCUGGCUGCUGCACGUGCUGGCGCGCUGGGAGAAAUUCCUUGCCUCCGUGCGCACCAAGAAGACGCCCGAGUGCGUCAAGGAGCUCUUUCCGUUCAAGGAGUACUUCGCAGACGCGCCGGGGGUCUUGUUUACGGGCGAGGAUUACGUGGCUGACAUGGAACGCGCGAAGGGAUGCUGGCGCCACCUGCGCACCAUGUUCCAGGAGCUCGAGGAGUGCCGCGCUUUUGAACUGCUCAAGGGCCAGGCGGACCGAGUGAACUACCUGAUGACAAAGCAGGCCAAGAUCGUGGCGAUGACAUGCACGCACGCAGCGCUGAAGCGGCGCGAGUUCAUGGACCUGGGCUUCAAGUUUGACAACCUGCUCAUGGAGGAAUCGGCGCAGAUCCUGGAGAUCGAGACAUUCAUCCCCAUGCUGCUGCAGAACCAGGAGGAUGGAGUGGCGAGGUUGAAGAGGGUGAUCCUGAUAGGGGAUCACCACCAGCUGCCGCCGGUGGUCAAGAACAUGGCCUUCCAGAAGUACAGCCACCUAGACCAGUCCCUCUUCACCCGCUUCGUCCGCCUCGGGACCCCCUACGUCCAGCUCAACGCCCAGGGGCGGGCGCGGCCGAGCCUGGCCCAGCUGUACAACUGGCGCUACAAGGAUCUGGGCGAUCUGCCCAACGUGCUGACUGGACCGGACUUCCUCCGCGCCAACGCCGGCUUCGCGUACGAUUACCAAUUUGUCGACGUGGGCGACUACCAGGGGCAGGGGGAGUCCACCCCUGUGCCCCACUUCUACCAGAACCUGGGGGAGGCGGAGCAAGUGGUGGCGGUGUACCAGUACAUGCGGCUGCGCGGCUACCCGGCCGACAAGAUCUCCAUUCUGACAACGUACAACGGCCAACGCGCACUCAUUUCAGACGUCAUCGAGUCCCGCUGCGCCCGCCACCCCGCCUUCGGCCGGCCCCUCAAGGUGACGACGGUGGACAAGUACCAGGGGCAGCAGAACGAGUACGUGCUGCUCUCUCUCGUGCGCACGCGCGCGGUAGGGCACGUUCGCGACGUGCGCCGGUUGGUCGUGGCGAUGAGUCGUGCGCGGCUGGGCCUGUACGUCUUCGGGCGGCUGUCGCUGUUUGCCAACUGCUAUGAGCUGGCGCCGACCAUGCGCCUCUUCUGCGAGCGGCCCACGCAACUGGCGCUGCACCCCACCGAAUACUGGCAGAGCUGCGAGCGGGGAGUGGAGGACGUGGGCCAGCCGCUGCUGAUAGCCGGGCGGGAGAACAUGGCUCGACUGGUGGCCGCCAUGACUCGAGAGUGGGAGGUCGCCACUCACAACGCCACCCUGGCUGCCCAGCAGGCGGCAGUGCUCGCUGCCGGGCCGCGGCCGCCAGCGGUGCCGUACCCGGCCGGGGCCGGCGCAGCGGCUGGCGCCGAUGAGACGGCUGGGCCGGCCUCAACCGCGGAUACGGACGCCGAGGAGCCGAAGGUUGGAGAUGUUGUCAUGGGCGAAGUGGAGGUCACGGAUCUUGUGCAGAUCGAAGACAAGCCGGAGCAAGCAAAGGCCGGCAUGGCGGCCGGCCCGGCCGCCGCGGGGGGCGCGGAUUCGGGAGCGGAGGAGCCGAGGGUCAGCAAUGUUGUCAAGGGCGAAAUGGAAGUCACGGAUUCUGUGCCAAUCGAGGACAAGCCGGAGCAAUCAAAGGCGUAGUGGGAGAUUGCUGCAUACCGGUGCAUGGUGCAUCAAAAGUGUGCAUGGUGCUGGCUGCUGGGCGCUUGGUCUUUGCAGUGCAGUACAAGAGGAGUUGGAUGCAGCUGUUUACUGUGACAAUAGGUUGCAUUGUGUGGAAGGGAGAUGCCUUGCUGAGAUCAGGCCUUGCAGUGCUGAUCGUGCUGUGUGGAGAGGGCGGUGUGAUUGUGUCUGGAAGCACAUUAUGAUGGGGGAAGGUGUUUGCUAGCAAUUUCAGCCGGACUCGAAUAAGCAAAGCAUAUGGUUGGACCAGGAAUUCCUAUAGGCUCGACGGUGGUGAUUGACAGACGCUGCCAGUUUUGCACAGAGACCAAGAGGAUCACCUGUGGAGUGCGAGCCUAGAAUUAUUGUAUUUUGGAAUGGUUGAUCAAAUGCAGAA